GCGCUAAUAAUUGGCUAAGCCGUGAUCACGUGACACUGUCUCAGCCAAUCGCGUGUUCAGGUUUGGAGCGCCUCGUUCCUGGGGUAGGUGCGCUGCAGUACAGUGAGUGCGUUUAGCUGAGCAGAUAGAUACACACCCCGCUGUACUGACGAGAGCAACUCUUCCAGCUGCCUGCACUGAGUUCGACACUGUCAUUUCCAAACUGAAGGACAUCAUAGUUUCAGCUAUGCCUCCUCCUCUUCGUCAUCGCUCCAUGCGUAUCUUUGUGAACGAUGACCGCCAUGUUAUGGCCAAGCAUUCCGCUAUCUACCCCACGCAAGAGGAGCUGGAGGCUGUGCAGAAUAUGGUCUCCCACACUGAGCGUGCCCUCAAGGCUGUGUCUGAUUGGCUGGACGAGGAGGAGAGGAGAUCCACGAAACCGAAUCCCAUUGAGUCUGAAGGAGCUGGAGAUAAAGACAGCGAGCCCAAAUCAGCAGAGCAGACCACACGCUCCCUGCGUGGCGUGAUGAGGGUGGGCCUGGUAGCAAAAGGCCUGCUGCUAAAGGGGGAUCUGGAUCUGGAGCUAGUGCUGCUCUGUAAGGACAAACCCACAGCCACACUGCUAAAGAAAGUGGCUGAGAAUCUCAGUGUGCAGCUCAAGCUCAUCACUGAGGAUAAGUAUGAGGUAAUGCAGUUUAUCCGUGACGCCUGCAUCAUGAUCAAAAACACCAAGCAGCCCGCUCUUAAUCUCACCAUUCACCUGACUUCACCUGUUGUCCGAGAGGAAGCUGAGAAGCAGGCUGCCGGAGAAACGCUAUCAGUCAACGAUCCCCCGGAUGUACUGGACAGGCAGAAAUGCCUGGCUGCCUUGGCGUCUCUUCGCCACGCCAAGUGGUUCCAGGCCAGGGCCAAUGGGUUGCGCUCGUGUGUGAUUGUCAUCCGGAUACUGAGGGAUCUCUGCACCCGUGUUCCCACUUGGGCCCCUCUUAAAGGAUGGCCUCUUGAGCUUUUGUGUGAGAAAUCAAUUGGCACAGGGAAUCGGCCAAUGGGAGCUGGAGAAGCUCUUCGAAGAGUUCUGGAGUGUUUGGCUUCAGGAAUCCUGAUGGCAGAUGGUUCCGGCAUCUCUGAUCCCUGCGAGAAAGAGCCGACUGAUGCCAUUGGUCACAUGGACAUCCAACAACGAGAGGACAUCACCCAGAGUGCUCAGCAUGCUCUGAGGCUUUCUGCUUUUGGGCAACUUCACAAAGUACUUGGAAUGGACCCUCUUCCUUCAAAAAUGCCCAGGAAACCUAAGAGUGAAACCCCCAUCGACUACACAGUUCAGAUUCCUCCAAGCACAACCUAUGCUCCCCCUAUGAAACGGCCUAUUGAGGAGGACGAGGGUGGUGAUGACAAGAGCCCUAACAAGAAGAAGAAGAAACUUCAAAAGAAAUCUCCAGAUGAAAAAUCAGAGCCUCCUCAGGCCAUGAAUGCUCUGAUGCGGCUAAACCAGCUAAAGCCUGGGCUCCAGUAUAAGCUCAUUUCUCAGACCGGGCCUGUUCAUGUGCCGGUCUUCACCAUGGCUGUCGAGGUUGACGGGAAGACCUUCGAAGCAUCUGGUCCCUCUAAACGCACUGCCAAACUCCAUGUAGCAGUUAAGGUUUUGCAAGACAUGGGCCUUCCCACAGGGGUGGAGCAAAAGGUUGCUGAACCAGUAAAAGUAGAAGUGGUGAUGCCCACUGCAGAGACAGAGGUGAAGCCUUCAGUCCCGCCACCUGAAAUAGAGACUUCAGUCAAUGUGACCACAAACUCUGAGGCUGCUGAGAGCACUGAGAAUGCACGGCAGCAGGGCCCCAUUUUGACAAAACAUGGCAAGAACCCAGUGAUGGAGCUCAAUGAGAAACGUAGAGGCCUCAAAUAUGAGCUCAUCUCUGAGACGGGUGGCAGCCAUGACAAACGCUUUGUCAUGGAGGUAGAGAUCGAUGGACAGAAGUUCCAGGGUACAGGCUCCAAUAAGAAGGUGGCAAAGGCAUAUGCAGCUCUGUCUGCUCUGGAGAAACUAUUCCCAGAUGGCUCCAACUCUGAGGCAACCAAGAAGAAGAAAGCAAUGCACACUCCUGGGUUUGGAAUGAUGAGCGGCCCACCUGCUGAUCCAGCAGCCAAUCCCAGGGGUAGAGGACGAGGGCGGGGUAGAGGCCGGGGGAGAGGGUUUAAUAAUGGCGGAGGAUAUAAUCAAGGUGGCUAUGGAAGUUAUGGAUAUGGGAACAAUGCUAACUCUGGCUACAAUUACUACAAUAAUGGUGGCGCUAAUGGAGGAUCUACAGGAAUGGUCCCUGGAGCUGGUCCAUCAGCCAGCGCCUCAGCAGGAGGUCCUCCAGGAACAGGUGGCUUUGCCUCGUAUUACCAGAAUGACGGAGGUUAUUCCACCCCAUGUGCAGCGGGCAAGACCCCAGGAAAGAAGGUGCCAAUGCACCAGGGAACUAAACCUCCAGGCACAGGAGCAGCUCCUGGAGCCUACCAGAAUCCCUCAGGCCCAGGGCAAAGUUCCUAUGGCCAGUAUGGGCAGGGCUACGGCCAGGGCAAGAAGAACUUUGGCCAAACUCAAGGUGGAGCCACAGGUGGAGGUUACGGCAACUACAGCACAGCUUACCCAUCCCAGGUGACAGGAGGUCCAGGGUCUCAGGACUACGGCUAUGAGGGUUAUAGCAACCCAUCAAACUACAGUGCACAAGGAGCCAAUCAGAAUUAUGGCCCCAACCCUGGACAAUACCAUAAUCCCGGAGUGGGCUAUGGCCGUGGCGAUGGCAACAUGAACUACCAGUACAGAUAGACUGAACCUGAUACUCACAUGCUCCUCGUCACCUUCGCAGUUUUUGCUUGUACGUCUUUUCUGAAGUAGCAGCAACAAAUUUGUACUUGCUCAACUGUCACCUUAGUAGUUGUACAAGCGUAGGAAAAGAAGUACUUGUGUUUUUUCAAGUUUCGUGGUGGUGUGUUCUAUGUUCUGUUCAGUAUGUGCUUGUUUUUUUUGUUCUUUCUUUUCUUCAUUCUCAGACUACUUCCUGAGGAGAAAGAGCCACCACAACCACAUGCAUGUUUGAGACAUGAUUUUGAAUUUGAAUGAGCAUUUCCAUUUUUCCAUUACAUUUCUCAGAUCGUUGAAAGCUAGCACACCCACUGUGUGGUUCUGUUUUUUCUUUUUUUUCUUUUUUUUUUCUUUUUUUAAAAAUAAAGUUUUAUUUAAAAGUUUUCAUUUUUAGCCCCCUCCUUAAAAUGUCUUUGAAUAUCAGUGUUUAUUUCCCUGUCAUUGUAGACAUUUAUUACAAUGUCUUUUUAUUACAGUUGCUUUGGAUAAAGUUGUGAAAGAUGUGAAGUGUAAAUUCAGGUUGCAAUAGCUGUUAGUUUGUUUUGGGGAAAUUCUAUUUUUAGGAAGAACGUGUGUCACUGUAUGAUGUAAGUAAUCUUCAUUUUGGAAGGAAAGAAAUUGUGAUGUCACUGGACUGUCUGACUUUUGUGUCCUUAAUAUAAUACUCUUUAACUCUU